UUGCCCCAGUGAAAUGCAUCUAAACAUCAUUCAACCAAAUGUAGAACAUACUUGGUUCGGAUUCGUUGCAACAAAAUAUGAAUUAAGCCUAUAGCUGUUGAAAGUAUAGGAUAUAUUACAUUUGCUUAACCUGCCAAGACUGACUUGCUGCAGUUCAUCUGUCUUAAUAUUUCCCGACUUACAUUUUCACAUUGUUCGACUUGUAGUUGUUGAGCCAUGGUAUGCCUGGGUCUAACAUUAAUCUUGGUAUAUGGUAACAUUUUGCGGGUUGGACUUGGAACUAGCGUGAGGCUAGCAUGUUUUCUGUCACUCGUGACGAAGACGUCAGACAAGGCCUCGGUUACGACCAAUGCAGUUGAGGGGAAGGGGAAGUUGAGUGGACAACAGCGACCUCAGUGGCGCGCCGGUGGGCAAUAGAACCGGAUGCUUCCGCUGCGCAAUAGAGAGGCAACACAAUAGAGGGGAAGGGCUUUAUGGCGAUAUUUAGAUCCACCAGACAGGCUGUUAUCUGCGGGCAAAAGAAGUCAAUAGCCCCUGUGGUAAACUGUGUCCGUGUUAAAAACACCCUGAUUUGGUUUACUGCCUGAGAGCCAUUGCCCUGUGUCUUUCUUUUUCCUUUGAAGCUGUUUGUGCACUGCUUUAGUGCGCAAAUCCUCACAAUCUCUUUAAAUUCACAAUAAUUGUCCAAAAAUGUGAAAGCACACCUAAAAUAUUGAACCUUUUUAUAUGUUGUAUGUUUUUUUUAAACUGUGGUUGAAGGUUAUUGCACAACAUGGUCACUUAGUUAUUCACAUGUUUGCAUCUUUCAAAAAUGAAGUGGAUUACUUAUCCCUGAAUUGCCUGUGGCCAUUUAAGGUGUUGGCCCAGCUUUUAGUUAAUUUGAUGGCAAUAAAUAGAACAAUUUCUGCGUGCAGCCAUCGCCCUGCUCUUAAUUUAGUUUUUGUGUUGUUGUUUGUUUGGCCUAAGUUUUGUGAAACAUAACGGAGCUCUACUCUUUAAUUUCCCUUCAAUGAUUAGGGCCUAUAAUUUUAGUAAUCCAUCCCGUUGCUGCUUUCGUCGCAUUUGAAAUCCACACCCCAAAUCCCGUUGCUGUAGCCUGAACUUUGCAUUGGUCAAUUGCAAGAGUGCAUUGCAUUUUGCUUGAGGUGUAAUACAAACGCAUAAGCCUAUAUUUGCACUCAUAUUUUGAUAAACAUUUUCAAAACUAAGCGUAUGUAGGCCCUAUAGGCUAUAGACCUAACACACAAUUUAGGAUAGCCUACGCAAUUUUAUUUUAUUUCAUGCACUGUUUGAAGGCGCUGUCUCUAAUAAUAAUAAUAAAGAUAUGAUAGAAAAUGAUAACGUAUUCAUAUAGUAUCUUAACGAUAUGACUAUACACAUAUUGGGUUAAUGUGCUUGGUGAAACACAUAGGUUGGCCAAGGUAGGGCCUACAAUUUUAUUCAAACUAUUUUAAUAUUUCUUGUUAUGCUUAAUUCUAAUUGAAUACAGCCACACGCCAAACGUAGUAUUUCUAAUUUAAAGGAGGCCUACGCUUUGCUUAAAACAUUGAUUAAAAAGAUCAGUGACUGAUUGUAUAGACAACGAUUAACCUUUUCAGUUUAGUUUAGCUUGCAUAAGUGUAAUAGUUGUGUAAUAGUAAUUGUAUAACAGUAGCAUACAAAUACAAAUUAAUAUAGCCUACCCUAUAGAUUUAGGUAAUUUGGCAUUGUGCGUAAUUUCCCCCAUAUUUAGAUCAUUUUUGUUUUCAUUCAUGUUCGGCUGCAUAUCUGAAAAACUUUGUACUACUAUAAUUUCAAUUAUAAUAGUCGAUUUUAUCAAGGCUAUUGUUUGCAAGAUAAAUAGGCAAACUUCGUACAAAUACAUUUUUUUAAUUGUUUUUGUCUUUAUUUAUACGUUGAUUGAUUUGCAUAUAAAUGUUUAUAACGUUUUAAAACACUUGGAUAUAGGCUACAGGAUACGUUAUGUACGAUAUGUUAUAGUCUAACUGACAAGAUCAAAAUAUAUAUAUUUUUUACUACCAUUUAGUUAUUGUGUAGCUUAUGCUACCAUGGUAAGACGGUUGCAAAGAGGACGUGAAGUUGUGCAUAAGCUUAGAAGCAAACACAAAAAACAAAGAUUUGAAAUUUUCCACCAAGAUUAUUGCGUAAAUGUCUCUUUCUGUGGUAUGCUAUGGGUCUUUGUUUUGGCUAUAGGCUACUGUAUGCCUGUUUCUUCGUAGUACUAAAAUAUGUUUUUAAAAUAUGAAAAUGUAAGAGGCAUCUUGUCACAGCUGCUUAAACGAGUAGCAUGCAACAUGGUUAUCUGUUUUUGGGUUGCAUUCCUUAAUAAUAUGGUAUACGUGGUGAAACUUCAGAAAGUAGGCCUGUGCACGUUUAUGUUAUUAUGUUUCAUUCGUGUCGUCCAAUAUGGCUGCCGUAUUCCUUCUAAAUAGAACCCCUGUGUGGUUUCUGUUAAUGUCUUUGGCUGAUGGUCCCUAUAAAAUGCCUUGUUAAAAUUAGCUUUCUAAGUAUAUGUUUUAUAUCGUUUUUAUAUCUAUAUUGUGAUUCAAACACCUAUUCUGUUUGGGACAUAAUUUCCAAUAUUCUCUUUUGAACCAGCAAACACUAUCCCUUUUAAUUGUCUAUCUAUGCAAGUCUUAAACAAUAAUAAUUCUUUACUUUAAAAACUAGACGUUAUUACAUUUUAGGACACAGACCCGAGAGCAUUUAAUGGUCAAAAGGAUUGAUUUAUCCUUUAUUGUUCAGCCUUUAUGAUCACGUGCGCGCGUUACCCAAUCGAAUGGUAGCUUGCGUUUCAACUAGUACUAGACUGUAGUUCUUUGAGGGGCCAAGUUGGUGCUUGAUUUCUUCAGAUUGUAAUUUUGUGAGGGUGGGUUACCGCAUGUGUAUGUGUGUGUGGUGUGUGUGCGCUUGUUUUUGUAUGUAUCUGUGCAUGUUUGCGUUUAUGUGAAAGUAUUUUUGCCAUGUCGACAUCCGGAACGCUUACUAGUUACUACGUUGACUCCCUCAUUCUGCCCGAGAGCGAGGAGCUUUCCGCUCCCAGAUAUUCCACCGGUCACGGGGGGCUUCAGCACCCUCGACAACCCACCUCCCUUAACGACCUCACCGAACAUGGGCCCUGCACCUUCUCGACGAAAGCCCCUGUAUUCAGCCCAUCUUGGAGCCAUGUACCGGCCCAGUUUCCAGGCGCCGUGUCCUCUGUCUAUCACCACCCUUACGGUCACCCCCAAGGCCCGGCCACUGGGGACCAGGAUGGUCGCUACAUGCAGUCGUGGCUACUGGAGCCGAUGUCUGGCUCUUUGCCCCUGACCGGAUUACCGACAACCCAUCACUACGGAAUCAAACCAGAGAGUCUGGGCGCAAGAGGGGAUGGCGCGCUGCCUAGCUCACACACAGCACUGCUGCUCUCUGAUUUCGCGAACGGGACUGUGGCGACGGCAUCCCCAUUGGACAAGGAUACGUUGUCGGGCCAUACCGCCGAUCAGAACGGAGAGAGCGAGGAAAAACCGGCCCUCGAUCCAAAUAACCCCGUGUCCAACUGGCUGCACGCGAGCGCCUCAAGAAAAAAACGCUGCCCGUACACCAAGCAUCAGAUCCUCGAGUUGGAGAAAGAGUUCCUCUUUAAUACGUACCUAACGCGGGACCGUAGGUACGAGGUCGCGAGGCAGCUAAACCUCACCGAGAGACAGGUUAAAAUAUGGUUUCAAAAUCGUAGAAUGAAGAUGAAGAAAUUCAAUAAAGACGGACCAAAAGAUGAUUGACUGAAUGGAUAAUUAAAUCAGAACGUAAAUAUUAUAUGAGGAUUUUUGAGAAACAUCUACUCUGGCCUGUUUUUAAGCCUACUGUCUUAUUGUUUUAGCCUAACAGAAGCUAUUAUUUGUCGUGUAAGCAUGUCCGGCUUUACUCGUCGGUUUGAUGCAACUACCUUUAUAUUGCACAAUUGACAGUGUUGACUUGUUUUUGUUUAAUAUUAAAUAAUACCUCGGCUCCGAGGGCCAAUGUGUAAGAUGUGUAAUAGGCCUGAUCUCUGUGCUCGUUUGGGUGUUCGUUGUGCAUUCUGUGUUAGUGUGUUAUUCAGGUUCAACUGAGUUUUUUAUGUUAUUACGUUUGUAGUCGUUUUCUCUUCAUUGUUAGUCCAAUUACUGAUACGUUGUAUUUUAACAUAGACUGUAGACUAACGUAAUUAUAUAAUUUUAAAUGGGUGCAUGAGCCUCAAACGCUUUUUGAAAUGCAUAAUAAUAUUAUUGGUAGAAGCUGUUUAACAAUGAUAUCCUAGUUUUGACUACCUAGACGUCUCUCAACUAACUGCAAUUUUCGUUGUGAGGCGAUAGAAUGCUUCAGAGUGAUUCUGAAUUAUGUCUGAAUUUCAGGGAGUAACAUUUUAAAAUGACAGUUUGUUAGUGCUAGAGAGAAAAAGAAAUACACUGUUAUGUAGGUAAUGAAUACCUCAUGGUCUGGCGACCGUUCAGAUGUUGUUCACAAAUGUAAUUUGUAAUUUAUUUAUUGAAUAAAACAAAUUAUA